AUGUUGGCCGCAGCGUUACCGUCAAUUCCUCCUCGAGGAACACCACAGAGCCUGCAACAGCCGAACUACAACAUACUAUCCCACGUAGCAUGCAGGAUAUCGACUUUGAAGACUACGGCGGUCCACGAGAUGCGCAUACGUGGACCAAAAGAAGAAGGUCAGCAGAUCCGGCGUGAAUUCGUCCACCCUACUUACACCAUCGUCAGAAUUGUCAUCGCAGCGUUGACAUCGUUAUGCACCAUGACCGUCACAUUGGCGAGCGCGAUCUUUGCGACCGCAAUCCCCUCACUGAUUCGAAUCUACGGAACUACGCGCGAGAUCGGCCUACUCGGUGUCGCCCUCUAUGUCCUCGGAUUCGCCUUCGGGCCACUGGUAUGGGCCGCACUUUCCGAGAUAAAAGGAAGAUAUCUCCCGUUCAUCGCAUCGAUGUUUCUGUUCAUCAUCUUCUCCGUCGCUACGGGCGCAUCGAACAACAUCGGCCUCAUCCUAUUCUUCCGCUUCCUCGGCGGCUUCUUCGGUGCUGGACCUCUAACACUGUCUGCUCCAAUCUACGCAGACAUGUUCACUGGACGAUCACUGGGCAUCGCUAUGGUCAGCUUCGCCUUCGUGGUUUUCCUAGGUCCGGUCAUAUCCCAGCCGAUCGGAGGUUUCAUCGUCGAAAACCCAAGUCUCGGAUGGAGGUGGACUGAGUACAUCUGCGCCGUACUUGGAGCCGUCAUUCUCAUACCGACUUCGAUGGUCUUGGAGGAGUCGUAUGCACCCGUCCUACAGAAACGAGCUGCUCGCCGAGCACGACUGGAAGCGAAAGACGAUGCGAACGGGAUCAGUCAUGAGGAAGUCAAAUUGUCUUUCAAGACCAUCCUGUCGGACUUCGUCGCCCGGCCUCUCACAAUGCUACUCCGCGAUCCGAUAGUGCUUCUGAUGAGCAUCUACGGCUCAUUUGUGUACGCACUCCUAUACCUAUUUCUUGUCGGGUACCCAACAGUGUUCCAACACAUCUAUCACAUGCGCCCAGGAGUUGGAGGCCUACCUGCGCUCGCGCUGAUCGUCGGCGAAGUAUGUGCAGUGCUGGCGAUCUUCGCCAUGCAGCCCUGGAUCAUGCGCAAGGCCAAGCAGAACCAAGGAGUGCUACUUCCAGAGUGGCAACUCCCUGUCGCUGUCCCGGGAUCAAUUGCAUUUGCGGUUGGCAUCCUCUGGUUCGGAUGGUCGGGCUAUCAAGGCACUGUCCAUUGGAUUGUGCCUACACUGUCGGGCAUCUUGAGUGGGUUUGGUCUCCUUGCGACAUUCAUCCCGUCUAUUUCUUACCUUACACAGGCACGGGCUGAGAGAGCGACUUCUGCAGUAGCAGCUCACACGAUGCUGCGCUCGUUCUGUGCAGCAGGUUUUCCCAUGUUUGCUACGUAUAUGUACGAGGAUCUGGGAGUUCAGUGGGCUUCCACGCUACUGGGCGGUAUCGCGCUGCUGUUGACGCCCGUGCCGAUCUUGCUGUAUAUCUAUGGCUCCCGAUUACGCAGCCACAAAUCUGUUGGAGCGGUAUAG